CAAUCUUACUACUCUAUUAAGUAUUUAGUGUCAGCGUUCACAAGUAAAUGAAACCGCCUUGCCCCCGCCCGUACAGCCGUGCUACGCCCAGCAGCCGACUGCCCCCGGCGAUGGCGUGCAGCAGCCGACCCCACUCCCAGCUUGCAGCCGCGCCCACGACCAGCACGAGAAGCGUCGAUCUCGUCCAACUCCCAGCGCGCAGCCGCGCCCACGACCAGCACGCCGCCGCGGAUCGCGCCCAACUCCCAGCGCGCAGCCGCGGAUCGCGUCCAGCAGCCGACCCCACUCCCAGCGGCCAGCCUCGGAUUCCACCGGGCGGGGAUCUCGCAGAUCACGCCAGGCGGGGAUCUCGGACACUCCUGAGCCGCCGCAGAUCCCGUGCUCCGCCCCCACGCCCAGCAGGCUCUCUCCCUUCCCCCGCUGUGUCUGCGUCCGCGGAUCUCUCCAUUCCCCAACAGUGCUGCAUCAAGGCCACCAUUGCAAAAUCGCUGGUCACGCCCGCGGAUCUCUCCGCCUUGCCCUCGCCCGCCUGCUGUUAAAAGGAUGAAGCCUGGGCGAGGUUCUGUUCAACUCCCACACCGAUUCGACGAGUUUCUAUUCAACUCAUAUGAAGGACAAGCCUCCACGUCGAUACAAGCAAAUCAACCCAUUUCGUUUGACAAGUACUAAUUGCACACGUCGAUAGAAUCAUAUCUUGUCACCACAUAGCAAGGAAGUCAUCUCCAUUUCGUUUGACAAGAAGGACAAGCCUCCACGUCGAUAGAAGCAAAUUAAUCCAUUUCGUUUGACAAGGGCACUCUUCUUGUUAUGGAUCAGAUAGGAUACAAUGCUGGUCGCACACCAUUCACAGACAUCUCAAACACCAUCAUUACAGGUAAUCAAAAUGAAUCGAACUCGCUUGGACUAAUUGUCGAUGCUAAGGAACAUAAGAGGCAAAGGGAUAGGGAAAGAUAUGCUGCGAUGACUGUUGAAGAAAAGAAUGAGAAAAAUAGGAAGCGUCGUGAAGCACGUCAACGAAAUAAAGGACUAUCGAUAGAGCCACUCUCAUCCAGAGACUUUAAUACGGACCAGGCAUGUGAGGUGGUUAGCUUUCCAGAUGACUGUAGCACCAUUGAUUUCACAAAUUUGUCAACACAAGACAUUGCAGGUGGAGAUGAACAAGUAAAUCUGGAUGCAUAUGAUGACAGCGAUUGGUUGCAUAGGAAUGAGACAUUCCAGGCAAACAACAUUGUCACAAGUAAAGACCUUCUGACACCAGGUUGUGUGCAUGAAACUGUUGAUAACAUACCUAAGCAUACUAUGAAAAGGGCCGCCUACUUUAGUGAGCGGUACAAAAACAUGACCCCCGUCGAGAGGGAGUCUAGACAUGUACGCCUUAGGUUGUAUAAUAAGACACCAAGACGGAAAGAUGCUAACAAAGAGUGCAGCAGAAAACGUAGAGCACUACAGGGUGACACUUUGAAUCAGGAGUCCAUCGCCAUGGAGGACCCAGUAUAUACCCCUGAGGUUGUACGUCCUACAACAUAUGGAAUUGAACCAUAUGGAUCCUCAGUUACCACUUGCGACUGGGUUAUCCCUGAAUUCGCCGUGACACCUUUCCUGCCAACUUCAACACAGACUAAGGAUGUUGGUUCACUUGAUAUGUCUACUGAGCCACUAAGACGUAGACAUCAUGUGCUAUCUGGGAUAAGACCAGCUACCUUAGGCCGUCGAAACCAACAAUUUGAAGACGACAUUGGAAGGAAUGUGGCUACAGUGACCGAGGAUACUAUUUGUGACGCUAUGGAAGGAGACGAUUGGACACAGCCCCAUCCGACUGCAGAGAUCCACACCAAUGGCAUGGUUGAACAAGGAGUGGACCAUACACAUACGAAGCCAACGUUCAUUUCCAAUGGUGAUGAUGAUGAGGGUGUCAUAUUCGAAGAGGCUGAGGAUGAUGAUGAGAACGAUGGAUACCUAUUCGCUGGGCAAUAUGAUGAGAUCGGCGAGGACAUCGAGAUUGAUGGUACUCAAGAUGAAUCUACUGCCACUGGUUUGCCUGACCCGUAUGACAAAGUGUACAGUAAUGUGCCUGAAGACACACAUAUGCUGAAGUCUGUUCCCAACUGCGGUUAUUGCACUGCGAAGAAGUUUGAGUAUGAGCCACCUGGGUUUUGUUGUCGUAGUGGGAAGGUUGAGCUAGCCCCACUGGAGACCCCUCCCCAGCUCCAGAGGUUGUGGGAUAGUACAGACUCUGAUGCUAGACACUUUCGUGAUAACAUUAGGUUUUUUAAUGGCCAUUUCUCUUUCACUUCACUGUAUUGUUGCCUCGAUAGUAUGACAACUAAUGUGAGAGAUUCUGGUAUAUACACGUUCCGAGCACAAGGCAUGAUGUACCACAAUAUCAAGUCAUUUGGUAGGGACGGUGGGGCGGAGCAUAAACACCUUGAGCUUUACUUUUACGAUGAUGAUCCCAAUCUUGAGCAUCGAUAUUGUAAGUGCCGCGAAGAAUGUCAACAGAAAGACAAAGAUGUUAUUAAACAAUUAGUUGGCAUACUCCAUGGAAACCCGUACUCUGAGCACCUUAGGAGCAUGGGCCAUGUUGAGAACCUUGAUGACUAUCGUAUCACAUUGAACCUUGACCAGACGUUGAACCAGAAGACAUAUAACACGCCUCUCACUUCAGAGGUCGCUGCUGUCUAGAUCGAGGGGAGCGAACGGCGAGGCCAGUUCAGCAAGAGUGUUAUGCUACAUGGGAAGGAUAGGUCAAGCCACGACAUCCGCUCAUACCAUGGAUGCUAUGAUGCACUAUCGUAUCCACUGUUCUUCCCUAGAGGUGAACUUGGAUGGCAUGCAAACAUACCAAAGGUCGGUGUAUCCAUGGGCGAAGUGGAUGCAUACCGUGCGACGCAUAGGGCUAGUAAUGCUAACGAUGAAGAUGCAGGUUAGUUGUUUCUUUGAUAUUUCUUACAUAACACAUUGUUAACUAUCCUUUCGGCAUCACAAAAUAAUCAAUCCUUACGUAUGCAGAAUCUCCUAACCAUCUAUGUGUGUCCGUACGUGACUAUUACUGCUACAAAUUCCAGAUUCGUCCAGGGAUAUUCAAUCCAAUACUUCAUGGUAAGCGACUUUUCCAGCAGUUCGCAGUCGACACGUACAUCAAGAUUGAGAGCUCCCGUUUAGAUUUCAUACGUAAAAACCAGGACCGGUUACGAGCUGACCUGUACCAGGGCUUGGUGGAUAGUAUGUUAGAUGGAGACAUAAGAGCAGAAAAGGUUGGGAAGCGAACUGUGCUGUCACCAUCGUUUAUUGGCGGUCCUCGUGACAUGAGACGUCGAUAUAUGGAUGCUAUGGCUCUGGUGCGGAAGUUUGGGAAACCAGACAUCUUUCUUACCAUGACAUGUAACCCCAACUGGGAUGAGAUAAGGACGGAGCUUCUCCCUGGGCAGACACCGCAAGAUCGUCCGGAUCUUGUAGUGCAUGUCUUUCACGCGAAGCUACAAGAGUUAAAGCAUAGGCUGACUAAACAUGAUAUUCUCGGUAAGGUCCGGGCCUACGUCUAUGUCGUGGAGUUUCAGAAGCGGGGUUUGCCCCAUGCCUAUUUCUACUAAUCAUGCAGAGGAAGUACAAGCUCACGUGCCCUGAGCAGUAUGACCUUUUGAUCUUAGCCGAGAUCCCAGACAAAAAGUACCCUGAACUACAAAAGAUGGUUAUCAAGCAUAUGAUGCAUGGCCCGUGCGGGUCGCUAAAUCCUAACUGCCCAUGCACUAAGGGUCGUGCAUCGUGCAAGAAUCAUUAUCCCCGGCCUUUCUGUGACACAACUUUGCAAGGGAAGGAUUCAUAUCUUGUUUAUAGACGUCGUGACGAUGGGCGUAAGGAAAAGGUUCGAGGGUUCGAAUUGGACAAUAGAUGGGUUGUCGCUUACAACUCUUACCUCCUUCGGCUCUUCAACUGUCACAUCAAUGUUGAGGCGUGCGGGAGCAUCAAGGCUGUUAAAUACCUGUUCAAGUACAUAUACAAAGGCCAUGAUCGUGCGUCUGUUGUUAUGAGAGAUGCGAGCAAGGCAGAUGAUGAUGUAGAUGAGAUCAAGCAGUACAGAGAUGCAAGGUGGGUGACCCCUCCAGAGGCCUUAUGGAGGAUAUACGGCUUUGAGCUUAGUCAGAACUCUCCACCUGUGAUGCAGUUGCAGCUCCAUCUUCUAAACAUGCACAUGGUGGCGUUUCACGAGCGCCAAAUGGUCGAGCGAGUCAUCAACCGUCCAGGUGCUGAUAGGUCAAUGCUCACAGUAUAUUUUGAGGCAAAUAGGCUACACGAGGAGGCUCGGGGCAUCCUGUAUCGUGACUUCCCUGAGUGGUACACUUGGCAGAGUGGUAAGGGCAAGGUAUGGCAACGAAGGAAACGAGAUAUGGGUGGACAAGUCGGUAGAAUAGUCUCUGCUCAUCCGGCCGAGGGAGAGCGCUACUAUCUUCGUGUUCUCCUAAACCACGUGACUGGCGCCACCUCAUAUGUGGAUCUAAGGACAAUAGAUGGUGUCACGCUACCGACUUUUCGUGAGGCAGCAGAGAGAAGGGGUCUGCUUGAGUCGGACAACACACUAGAUGACUGUCUCACUGAACGUGCUCUUUUCCAGAUGCCAUCGACGCUACGACGACUUUUUGCCACAAUAUUGGUGUACUGUGAGCCAAGCGAUGUGGCUGUACUAUGGCAGAAACACCUAGAUGCUAUGUCAGAGGACUAUCAACGCAUGAGUCAGAGCAAAACUCAUGUUGAACAGAUGGUAUUGAUUGACAUUAGGAACAUGUUGCAGUCAAUGGGAAAGGACAUAAAGACAUUCCCUCUUCCACCUAUCAUCGACGCGUAUGACAAUGCUAUAGGUACUGCUAGGGAGGUUUAUGAGGAGGAAAGUAUCGAACUGGCAUCAGCGGAUGCGGUUCUCAAGGACUCUCUUAACGAGGAACAAAUGGUCGCCUAUGAUAAGAUUAUGUCUGCCGUUAACACCGAUCAGGGCGGAUUGUUCUUUGUGGAUGGACCUGGUGGCACCGGGAAGACUUAUCUAUACAGAGUGCUGCUCGCGACGCUGCGCAAUCAGGGCAAGAUUGCAGUGGCAACAGCUACAUCUGGUGUUGCGGCUUCCAUAAUGCCUGGAGGAAGAACCGCACAUUCACGCUUCAAGAUACCUCUCACUAUUGAUGAUGGCGUUGUAUGUUGCUUCACAAAGCAGAGUGGAACCGCAGAGUUGCUACGAAAAUCAUCUCUCAUUAUCUGGGACGAGGCUUCUAUGACUAAGAGACAAGCUGUGGAGGCACUUGACAAUAGCAUGCGCGAUAUAAUGGGUCGGCUCGGACUGCCAUUCGGUGGUAAAACCAUUGUCUUCGGUGGGGAUUUCAGACAGGUCUUGCCUGUUGUUCGUAAAGGGUCAAGGGCUCAAGUGGUUGCUUCUUCGCUACGGAUGUCUUACCUAUGGGAGUCUAUGUCCCACUUAAAGCUUGUUAGCAAUAUGAGGGCAAAAAACGACCCUUGGUUUGCGGAGUAUUUGCUGCGCGUAGGUGGUGGAACUGAGGUCACAAAUAGUGAUGGCGACAUCCGUCUUCCUGACGAGGUAUGCGUGCCUUAUAGUGGGAGUGACAAUGAUCUUGACAAUCUAAUAGACUUCGUUUUCCCAAAUCUCAACGAAAAAA